UUCACAAACAUCCGCAGACCUUCGGAGCACUAGAAAUGGAUAAAAUACAACUACUCGUAACUAUUUGUAUUUGGGCAAUGGGCGCCAUUGAAUGCGUCAAUGUAUCCUCGAAAAUUGCUUUCGAACCUGAGAAACGAAGUUUGAGUCUAACUUCAUACGCGUCAAAGCCAGAUCUUAUUGAAUUCAUGGAUUUAAGUUCAGUGGCUGAACCACCGAGUGCUUCUCAACAGUUCAACUCUCUACCCCAAAUGAGUACCGUAUUGCAACCGCAGAAGUUGGAUAAAUCCAGAAGUUCUUAUGAUUCGACACCUAAUGAAAUUCCCUCGACAUGCAUUCAUCUGGAUGAUUCUCCUGUUAAAAAAUCUCUGGAGAAUUGUCAGAACGGUCUAUGCGAUGUCUCGUCCAGCAGCAGGAGGGACUCAGAAGGGAAUAUAAUAACGACGAUAACGUUCUCCAUUAUCACCAAAACCAGAGAUAUCAGGGUCGAAGAUAUUCCAGUGAUCGAUGGCUUCCGCGGAAUUCAUCCCGACACAACGCCGUCAGUGAAUUUUCAGAAUAUUCCAGACUUUUCAAGAUACGGCCCUCAGAGUCACAAACAAGUCCCGGGUAAUUUUGUCCCGUCAUUCGGGCCCCCUAAAAACCACUUUGUGAGACCACAAACAAAUCCGUAUUAUUCGAAUGGGUUUGCACGUGGUGGUGUACCUCGUGGCCAAAAUUCCUGGAUGACUCGUGGAGAUUUUAUAGACGAUAAAAUCCACCCACCAUUCAGCAAAACUGCGUCCAAUACUGAGGCUGGAAUGAGAUAAGGCUUUAUCUCCUUGGGUUAUUUAAUUCUAGAAGUUGUUGCAGACGAAGAUCUUUUGAGAUGAUUCAUGGGCUAUCAUAAUGCGAAUGUGAAUCAUGCCCCAAAAUAAAAAUUAUUGCCUCAAUUAAUUCGAAUGUUGAGUAUUUCAAGAUUUAUUCAUUCGUCUAAGUGUCUACAAAAUAAUGAAAUUCUUAUUUUUUACUGGCACAUUAUCAAAUAUAAACUGUGACAAUAAAUAUUAUUAGAAGAAAA